AUGAAGCUUUCAUUGCCAUUUUCUUCAUCGUUGGUAGCAACAUCACUACUACUCUUCUUCUUAUUUUGUUUCAUUGCAUUGAUUGAUCCUACUCUAUCCCAACAACAACCAAAUAAUGUAUUUACAAUUAAUUCAAUUGAUCCUUCAAGGUUUAUAUUUAAAUUAUCGCCAGGAGCAAAGGUUAAUUUUGAAACAAAUGGUUCUUGGGAAAUGAGAUUUGCUUCUACCAAAAUACUAAAAAAGGAUAGUUUUACAGUGAUUGAUAGUGUCACUCUUUAUCUAAACUUUACAAAGUAUUUCGAUGUUGUCAACAAGAAUGAUUAUACUCAACGUGUCGAUCUAUUUGAUAGUAGUACUGCCACUGUCCCUUCUGCAAGGGGAAUGUUGGCAUUACCAAUGUACAUUUAUGAAGCAACACCAUUGAAUGUAAAUGAAACUGUCGUCACAGUCAUUGGUUUUGGAUUUUUGAAAUCAUCAAGACCUAAUGCCAAAGUAUUGGAUGUUCAUUUUCUUGAUAAAACUAUGGCCCUUGAUCCUAAUUUGGUGUCUACCGCAUCGGUCAAUAAAACAGUGUCCGAUACAACCAUACUAGCAAAUGUUCCUACCACUUUUCAAACUGGAAAAUCUCAUAGAAUUGUAAAUGCUAAAGCAAGUAAUGGUGAAUCUAUUUUUGUUGCUAAUCAAUCAAUCAAUUUUUCUUAUAAACCACCAACCAUUACAAAUAUUGUAAAGAAUUUAGAUAAUCAAUAUUUCACAUUGACUGGUAUAAAUUAUUUUGCUGGGUGGAAUAUUACACAAAACAAACUUAAAUUAAUUAUCCCUAAUAACCCACCCAUCCCAGCCAGCAAUACUGCCACCUUUAUUUCAAUCAAUGAAAAACAAAUCAUUCUAAACCAUCAAUCAUUAAUGUCAAUUGGAAAAUAUAAAAUUCAAUUGGAUCUUGAUUCUAAUAUUAGUGAAGAAAAAGAAUUUACUUUUAAUCCAAUUGUAACAUUUGUAUCAAGUUCACCAAGACAAGGAGGUGAUGUAACAAUUAAAGGAGUAUUCUUUAAUAGAACUAAAAAUGAUGGAUCAAAUACACCAAGAGAUAUUUCGGUGACACUUGGAAGUGUGUCAUGUCCAGUCGUUGAAUCUGCGAUUGAUUCAGAUACGGCUCUAGUAUGUAGACUUGGACCAGGAAACAAUCUAACCGAUGUAAUGGUCAAGGUGGUGAUUGAUGGAUUCGUGUCCAAUACAAAUUAUAAUUUUACUCAAGGUGACCCUGUCAUUGUAGAGUGUAGACAAGUGUCUCCCAAGGUGAUUUGUAAAGGAUACAACUUUAACAAUAUCACCGAUAUAGCAAUGCCCGAUGGACAAACCUACUCUGAUCGUCAAUCAAAGGAAACAGAGUUUACAAUCAAUCUCGACAGUGUCACGAUAUUCAAGAGUGGUUCGAUUAAAGUUUUGUCAUCUUUUAGAGACUCUCCUCUAUUCCCUAUUAUAUUUUUACCAAUUCCAAAGCAAAGUACUACACCUCCAACAACUGGUGGUACCAUUACAAUCACCGGAAAGGGGUUGUCUCCCAAGACAUUUGCCAAUGAAAGUAUUGAAGGUUACGGUAUAUUUUACAAUUAUCGUGGCAACGAGAUGGAAUGUAAAAAUGUAGUAGAGAUUGCCAGUACGACCAAAGUGACUUGUCAAGUUCAACCUGGUGGUGGUGCCAACUUGCAACUGUAUGUUAGAGUAUCCAAGGAUGGUCUGUCGCGAUCCAACAACAUCUCUCUCAGUUACAACAAACCAGUUGUCCUAUCAUACUAUCAAAAAAAGAAUGGGUUCCAUCUAAAUGGAACUGAUUUGGGAUCAAGUGAUACCAAUGUUGGACUAGCAGCAAAAUAUGGUGGGACGGAUCUACCAAGUGGUGCAGCUACAUUUAACGUUGAAAAUGGGACUGAACCUAUAGUCUAUUUAACAUCAGAUACACCAAAUGGUAAAUUAUACUUGAUUGUUGAAGGACAACAAUCCAAUGGAAUCGAUCUAAUAGACAUUAAACCAGCCAUUGAAAAUAUCAACCCCAUCCCAACUAGAGGUGGUACGGUCACUGUCAAUGGUUACUUUUUCAAUACCCUCGAUCCAAAAAACAUAACGUUCCUCUCGGGUAAUGUUGAAUGUACCAAUCUAACGAUUGUAUCAAGUAAUCAAUUCACUUGUCAAGCAGCUGGUGGAUUUGGCAAGACUAGACCUGUUACACUACGAGUCAACAAUAGGAAUACAUCUGCAUUGGAUCCAGUUGUUCAUCUAUCCUAUCAACCACCAACCAUUGAAACCACUACAUCAACCAAUUACACUGGUGGUCUAGUGACCAUCAUCGGUACCAAUUUCCAUAUUCAAGUUACCAAUGUAACCAUUGGUACAGAGAAUCCAGUUGAUUGUGCAGUUAGAAAUAUUAUAGAUUACAACAAAAUCGUUUGUUAUCUAAAGAAAUGGAAUAAUGAUGAUGGUAUACUUAAAAAUGAAACUUAUCUUGUUACUAUUACUGUUGGUGAUCAAUCAAUUAGUAAAUUAGAUUUUAAAUGGGGUCUUGAAGGAUAUAGUUAUGGUAUGAGUCCAGAUAAACCAAAGAAAUGGUUGAUAGCAGCUAUUGUUAUACCUGUAGCUGCUGGUGUAUUGGCAAUUACAGCAUUUAGUUUUAUUCUAUUUAGAAAACAUCAAAAGUUUAAGAAACUUCAAUCAAUAAAUAUUAAUAAUAUUAACUCCUCUUACAUUUGUUUUUAA